AUGAUUAAUAAAAAAAUUCUCGUUACUAUCAGUGUGAUUUUAAUUUAUGUGUCGCUAUUCGCCUUGUUUAUUUAUUUGGCCAAUAGAUCACAUGAAUGUAGCUACAAAACUCCGUGUAUUCACUUCUGCUCAUCAGAUAGAAAUAGAUUCUCAGAUGAAUAUUUAAUAGAUGAAUUUAUGAAAAGUAAGUCAGCUAAAGAUUAUGUAGAAGAUAAAGCUGUAUUGAAGGCUAUUCGAGGAGCUCCAUCGUGUGGAGAAAUGAGAGAUUGGUUGCCGAAUGACGAAGUGAAUUCUACAAAGCCUCCAUAUGAUUUUAAUUUUUACGGUGAUGUUACUAUUGAUGAUGAAAAAUACAGUGUCAAUAGAUAUUGCAUUGAAAAAUCUGAAGAUUUCUAUGAUGGAUGGAAGUUAAAGACUUGCUAUCAAGAUUACUAUAUACAGAAAGGAUUCCAUUUCUUAGCAAUUUUUCUGUCAAUUUCACUCCUUGGAGUCACACUUUUCAUCUACACUUAUUUCAAAGAACUUCGAGACUUUUACGGCAAAACAAUAAUAGCAUUAACAUCUUCGCAAAUAGUCGCAUACGCUUCUAUUCCUGUUUUUAGAUAUUUGUCGUCCAUAAAAUAUUCACAUCGAAAUUCAGUGUUUCUGCUGAUUUCUAUGUUAAUUAUAAGCUUGGUCUUCAUUUUGUUGUGGAUGACCGUCAUGAUUGUGCAUUUAUUUUUCACAUUCAGGAACUUCAAAGACAAAACAUCAAAUUCGUAUGAAUUUUCCACUUACUCAAUAUUUGUGUUUUCAUUCGGAUUGUUCUCAACAAUUGUUUUUGUUGAUAGCAUAUUCAACUAUAAUAGCGGCUUGGAAUAUUUGUUUUUUAUGUACUUCAUCAUUGUUGUAUUGGAUAUCAUCCUAUUUAUCAUCACAGGUGUUAAAAUGUUAAUGAUAUCUCGUCAACUUGAACACUCAGAGCAAGCUAGAUUUGACAGUGAAAGAAAAUGGUUUUGGAUAGUUCUGAAAAUGACAUUGGUUAUGCUUAUAACAUGGCCUUUUGAGCUUUAUUUGUGGAGUCAUAAGUUUGAUGUAUUUGGUGACACAACUGGCGAUUUUAUUAAUUUACUUACGGCAACAACAAUUAUGUUAAUGCAAGUUGGAAGAGAAAAAGCUAGGAUUUUAUUGUUUGGAAAAUACCGUGAAGUUAAUGAUAUGGAAAAUGAUGCUGAGGAUUGA